UAGUUUUUCAUCUCCGCCUAUCUACAAUACAACAUACUCUUUUGAGUGAAGCUUUUUUCCUCAUCCGUUAACCCGUACCGUUAUCGAUCUCGAUAUGACCGCGAUGAGCGACGAAGUCUUUGACGCUGAGCUUCGGGAGCUGCUUGGUGCAGUGGGAUGCCAGAGCCCGACCGCCGGCAAUGUGUUCGGCGACGUGACCACUCAAUAUGGAGUCGCCGACCUGUUGAUGGGUAGUGGUGUGGCCGAUGCUACCGCCACGUCCCCUGCCCUCUUCGAUGUGGAUGCCUUCCUCACUCCUGAACUCACCGGCUUGGAUGUCUUCCCGGACGGCUCUGCAUUCGGAACGUUCUCCGGCAUCCAGGAGAGCCCUGCGGCGUCCAGCGUGUUCUCGUCCCCUGCAUUCGACAUUCCCAUGCAGGAUUUCGCCAUGGGCUCAUUCGAUGACGCUCUGCUGUUCCCUGACCUGGGCGUGAUGGAACCUUCGUUGGACCAGAGCUUUACUCCUUUGGGUCCUACCAACACUCACACUGUUCCUAUUACUGCCACCGCCCAGCCCGCUUCCGCGUUGACCUUCGACCCCACUAUCCUUGCCGCUGCGGCGGCCGCUAGCGGACUCAACGUCGAAGCGCUCCAAAAGUCGCUCCAGGCCUUCGCCGAGUCUCAAAGCUGUGUGAAGACCGCUACUACCGUUACUCCCGUCGCAAACCCCUCUUCCGAGCCCAGGACUCAAUAUCCUCCUUCCGGCCGCAAGCGCAAAGAAUACCCGUUGGACGCUGAGCUUCUCCUUGCGGAACUGGACUCCAAGCGUCAGAAGAACACGGAGGCCGCUCGCAAGUCUCGUCAGAAGAAGCAGGACCGGCUCAACGAGUUGGAGGUCAUGGUCAAGCAGCUGUCCGCCGAGCGCGAUGGAUUGAAGGCGGAGUUGGUGGCUGAGAGGGAGGCGAGGGCUAGCCGUGAGGUUGACCAGCUGCGAGAGGUUGCGGAGUUGAGGAAGAGGCUUGAUGCGUACGAGCGGAGGAGCCGGUAGAGCCGAUAGCGCUGGCGUUGAAUCCUCCGCACAUAUCUUGAUGGAGUUCCUAGAUUUUUUUUUGUUGACUUCUUAUGACUGUCUUUCCUAAUGUUCGCUUUGGCUACGGUGCAUCUCUAAAAUCGAAAUGCUGUACAAGCACUUUCAUUAGCGUUCUUGACUUGCUCAUCUUUGGGCUUCUCGGGGUCUU